UUCAGUCCGUGAUCCGACAGGGAAAGGGAAGCCAGCACACGUUCGCGGAGUUGCCAGAGCUGCCUGUGUUUCAUUAGUGCGUCACAGGUUGCCAGAUCGACUGGACUCGACGACGUAACACCAACACGGCGCGACAGUGUCGGCGACUCGAAGGCAGCCAGUCCCCGCACGGAGACCGAACAGCGAGGUCGAGGUGGACCUGCGAUUAUCGAAGAAGAGAAUAAACCCGUGCGACUCGUUCCCCGCCUCCCCCUCCGCCGCUCGCUUGCCUUCCCGUCGUCACUUAUCACUCCGCCGCUUCUCUUCUUGUGCCGCCGCAUUGGUAGCGCGACGGCACCGUGGCGCGUCGCGUCGCGACUUCCUCAAAGUGUUUUAAUGACCGAUCCUCGUAAUUCGUCGGCCGUUUCUCGGACGGACAAAACCCAAGAACAGUCGCGAUUACGUCCGACGCGCGGUGCUACAAUCUGACAGUUUGUUUUUUUUGUGUAUCGGCUUUUUUGUGCAUUGUGGAUCGUCUUCCCUGUGCCUGUUAAUGUCGUCAGCCGCAUCGUUGCAGUGACGUGCUCGAGAAACGAAGAAGGUGGAGCAAAAGAGCAACGAGACUUGCGAAUCGCGGAGACGUUUCUUCGAAUGUGUGUGCACGCACAUCGCACUCCGCAGGCUUUUUUUUUCGAAGAAACAUCUCGUCGUCUCGGCAACAACCUGAUCGUCUUACACAUACCAUCUACCUGCCAGUGAGUGCUACUGCCGAGCGCCAGGCAAGAUCUUUUGAAGGAACACGAAGGGAGAGAGAGAGAGAAGGGAGAGCGCACAUCUUUCUCUCUCUGUCUCUCCUUUUUCUCGGGUCGCGCUUCCUGUGUUCUCGCAUUCGUCACGAGUCUACGCAGGUAGGGCGGGCGAGCCGAUCGGUCGGAGAGGUGGGAAUCGACGACGAGGAGAACCGAGUCUCGUACAGUGUCGAUCGGCAGGCCACCCGCAGCACGUAGCGGGCGAACGUAAGAAACGUGUGAUCCAAAAUGGCGCUCAACCAGGAUGUAGACCAGGUGCCCAAGAGUCUCGUUGUCACGGUCGAUCGAAACUCCGAAUCCGAUCUGCAAGCGCUGUUUGACACUGUCCUGAAGCCCGAUUCCAAGCGACCGCUGCAGAUACCGCUACGCAUGCGCAACCUACCAAAUUCCUUCUUUAACCCGCCAUCCACCGGUAGCAAAAGCCCGUCGAUCUCGCAUUCGCGCGAGAACUCCGCGGAUUCCGCGUUUGGUACCGCGACACCGAGCACCGGCGGCGGUGGUGGUGCACCUAGCGGCGGUACAGGCACCGGCGGUGGUAACGCCGCAGGUGCCGCGGGUGGCGGAGGCGGCGCCGGAGGUGGCGGCGACGCCAACAGCGGCGCAGGUGCGGUCGCAGCAGCAGCAGCCGUUGCGGUGGCCGGCCUCACCGUUUCGCAUCCCCGCGCUCACAGUAGUCCGGCCUCCCUCCAACAAACGUAUGCCUCGGCACAGCAGGCGCCGCAACACGCGCCGCAACCGCACGCGCGUCACCAUCAUCAUCAGAAGCAGCGCAGCUACGACGUCAUCAGCACGGUCGACGACCUGGGCCCGCUGCCGCACGGAUGGGAGCAAGCGCGCACCCCCGAGGGCCAGAUCUAUUUCCUCAAUCAUUUAACACGCACUACGACAUGGGAGGAUCCGCGGAAAACGGCCGCAGCCGCGAGCGUAGCGGCAGUCGCCGCCGCGGUGGAGAGCAACAAAUCCACCGCUCAACAAGUCAACUCGCUUGGUCCGCUGCCCGACGGAUGGGAACAGGCGCGUACAGCCGAAGGCGAGACGUACUUCAUCAAUCAUCAAACCCGCACCACAUCGUGGUUCGAUCCCCGAAUCCCGACACAUCUCCAGAGGACUCCGGCGUCUAACACGAUGCUGCCGCAGAAUUGGUUGCAACAGCAACCUACCGGUAGUAUUCAGAGUAAUCAGAGUCUGCAAGCCUGUCAGCAGAAACUGCGUCUUCAGUCAUUGCAUAUGGAACGCGAACGUCUCAAACAACGACGGCAGGAAAUUAUGCGCCAGCAAGAGCUGAUGAUGCAACAGAGCACCACCGAUGCCGCUAUGGAUCCGUUCCUCUCGGGUAUCAACGAGCACGCACGUCAAGAGAGCGCUGACAGCGGAUUAGGACUCGGCUCAGCUUACUCUCUGUCGCAUACUCCCGAUGAUUUUCUCGCCAUAGACGACAACAUGGACGGAACGAGCGAAUGGCACAGUGUGUUGAUUAAGAAACGAUUAUACCGAAGCCACAAAUAUAUAAACGGUGGCGCGCCAAUGGAGACGCCCGACUUGUCAACCCUAAGCGAUAACAUCGAUUCGGCUGACGAUCUCCUGCCAUCGCUUCAGUUGAGCGAGGACUUCAACAGCGACAUUUUGGACGACAUGCUCAGAAAUUCUAAUAGCAAAACGGAAAACGUGCUGACGUGGCUGUAGGAUACAUUGUACUGGUGUGGCAGGUUCACGUGACUCGUGUGAUCGGCCCAUUAAAUAGUAUCGUCGAUACAUCAAUCAACGUGAAAUUCCUUUCAGGGAAUCCUACCAUGCGUACGAGUAUUCCAUAAGAAACGCACGCUCGUUUACGAUAAUAUUUUUCAAGCUUAGGUAUAUGUUGACUUUUAAUUAUUCAUCGUGCUCAACAGUCUCACGUAUGUACAUGUAUAUGUAUACAUCGAUUUAUGAAUGUGCAUAUGUAUAUAUGUACAUAUGCAAAAUAAGAAUUUCUAUUCUUUCGGUUUCUCUCUUCUUCUCCUUUUUUCUUUCUCUCUCUUUCUCUCUCUUUCCCUUCCUCCCUCGUUUGAAUGACGUGUGAAUGAAUGUUUGUAUGUGCGUGCGCAAGAAUGUUUAAGCAUUUUGUAUAUAAGUUUAUACUUUCUUAUAUAGAGAGAAGAGAGAGAGAGAAAAAGAGAGAGAGAACGAGAGGAAAAGUAGAGGGUCGAAUACCUUGACAAUAAUAUUCAAUACGUCCGAUUGAUAAUAAAGAAAAAGAAGAAAGAGAAGAAGAAAAAAAGCAGAUCCCUACGUUUUUUCAGUCACGCGUGAGUGAACGAACAAUACGAUGCGGAUCUAAUUUAUAGAAAAUCGAAUUUUUUGAGUGAUGUCUGAUACCAUGACGUAUCAGGUUUUAUGAUUACGCAUAUCUCUUGCAAAUACAUUACACACAAUUUGCAAUAUCAUAUAAUAUCGUAUACGUUCUGUUCACGUUGAUAUCUUCGACGAUAUCGUUACUUGAAAAGAAAAAUGUUAAAUCAACCGAACACAUUAUGCAUAACGUGAGAGAAUGUUAAGUUUGAUAAAAUAGAGAUAAAUAUGACGCUGUCUGUUACAAGAAAAAGAGUCAGAGAUAUUUAAUAUGUUCAUUUAUUAUACCCAGCUUGUAAUUGUAUCUUAUAUGAAUGAGAAAUGAAAAACUAAUCAAGAAGUGUUUAAUUUGAUUAUAAAAAGAAGAGCAGAGUUUUUUUUUUGAAAAAUUUGACACGAAUUUGAGAAUUUGAGUUUUUAUACUAAUAUUUAUAUUUCUAUUGAAAUAUAUAUAUUUGAAAUGUUAUUAUCACACGCGUGUAUAUUGGUAUAAAUUUACAUAAAUUGUCUUUUUCCGGCGAGUGUGAAUUACAAGAAAAAUAAUAUAAUAAAAUAAA